UAUAAAACCCUGCACUGUGGGGAGUGUUCAGCACAUCCACAAGUGAGAUUCAAUUCUUCAUUACCAGAACAUCUAUUAUCUCACGGGAAUCAUGAUAAUGCUGAAACUCUGGACUCUCCUUGUUGCCUACACACUGAUCAUUUGUCAGAUGUACGUCUCACAGGCAGCUCCAUCCAGAACUAGUAAGGAGUCUAUGUCAGAUGGAGUCACACUAUCGAACGAUGAUGCCCAGCUGUUACUCAGAGCUAUCAAGGAGUUGAUAACUUCAGAUGAGCAAGACCAGCAAACAGCUGAUGGAAACAGCAAUGCAACAGCACAGAAGCGGGCGUGCAACACAGCCACCUGCGUGACCCACCGCUUGGCUGACUUCCUGAGUCGGUCAGGAGGAUUGGGACACAGCAACUUUGUCCCCACCAACGUGGGCGCCCAGGCGUUUGGCAGACGGAAGCGGCGCGGCCCUAUGUGAGCACAGGAGCAGACGCAUGGACCAAGUGCCUCUUUGAGUGACAAAACUGCAUCAUCAUCAUGAUCAUCAUCUACCUGCAAACACUUGGAAACAUGAACAUAUACAGUAUUCUUCACAAACAAGGAUCUCUUAUUUUCAGACUCAGAAAGUUGUCAGUAUUCAUUGUUAGUCUGUGCUUAAAAACAGAGAAAUAACGGUGUCAUCGUCAUCACUGAGAGGAUAUUUUCUUUUGCAAAGAGGGAUGACAAUGGAUUUUCUUGUGGCUCAACUGGUCUUCUGACUUGUAUCUACGUAUGUGUCGAACUGGAAUUCUUAUACUGAACGUCUGCACGACCAACAAAACCUUCAACAUCUGUGGCUGUUUUGUGCCUUGAUGUAAAACACUUCAUUAGAUGUCCUUGUACUGCACAAUGCAGGUGUGAAAAAUGUUAAAUAUUGUAAUAAUUGUGAAUUGAAUGCAGGAAUAAAUUGUAUUUUAGCUACA